GUACCAAUGGUGAAUGAGUCAGAUGAGGAGGCGGAGCUUGUGAGACAGAGUAGAGUUCUAAGAGAGGAGAUGACAGAGCAGUUAAAGCAAACCCUAAUCACUGCCGUGGCUGAUAUGAUCAAAACGAGUAUCACGGGUCUUCGUGAUGAGUUGAGACAAGAGCUGAGACAAGCUACUGGCAGUAGAAGAAGGCAGAGGCGUGAUCAUGAUGAGAGGAGGAACCAGAGAGAUGAUUUCAAUGGAUUAAAGAUCAAAAUCCCUCCUUUCCAUGGCAAAGUUGAUCCGGAUGCUUAUCUCGAGUGGGAGAAGAAGAUCGAGUUAGUUUUCAACUGCAAACAUUACAGCAAUACUCAGAGAAUCCAGAUUGCAGCUACUGAGUUCCAUGACUAUGCUCUAAGUUGGUGGGAUCAGUUGCUAAGAAGACUCACGCAAGGCUCCAAGACUGUUGAGGAGUACUAUCAAGAGCUAGAGUUGCUGAUGUUAAGGGCCAGUAUUUCAGAAGACAGAGAAGCAACUAUGGCAAGGUUCCUUGGAGGUCUAAACCGUGAGAUACAAGAUAAUGUUGAGAUGCAACACUAUGUGGAGAUAGAAGAAAUGCUGCAUAAGGCCAUCUUGGUAGAGCAACAGCUUAAGAGGAAGGGUCAUUCCCGUGGUAGCUAUGGAUCAACACGAUUCCAACACUCCAAAGAAGAUAAGCCUAGCUUUCAGAAGGAGAAUAAACCUCAGCCUAAAGAAGAGUCCAAACCUAUCAGCAUCUACGACAAAGCUAAAGGGAAAGUUGAAGCAUCUAGUUCAAGAGCCAGAGAUGUCAAGUGCUUUAAGUGCCAGGGUCGUGGUCACUAUGCCAAUGAAUGCACCAACAAAAGGGUGAUGGUACUACUUGACAAUGGCGAGUAUGAGUCAGCAGCUGAAGAAGAGCAAACAGAGGAUAAGUCUGAUGAAGAGCAUGAAGAAGAACCGGUUCACGGAAGGUUGCUGGUGGCAAGAAGAAACCUUAGUCUCCAAACUAAGACCGAAGAGCUUGAGCAAAGAAAGAACCUAUUUUACACACGGUGCUUGGUACAAGGGAAGGUUUGCAGCCUCAUAGUUGAUGGUGGUAGUUGUGUCAACAUUGCGAGUGAAACCAUGGUGCAAAAGCUUGGAUUGCAGGUCCAGAAACACCCAAAACCUUAUAGACUCCAAUGGCUUAAUGAUGAAGGCGAGAUGAGGGUUUCUACUCAGGUUUUAGUUCCUUUAUCCAUUGGAAAGUAUGAGGAUGAAAUCAUGUGUGACAUCUUGCCUAUGGAAGCAAGUCACAUACUGCUGGGAAGGCCUUGGCAAUAUGAUAGACGCGUUAACCAUGAUGGCUUUACCAAUAAGCAUUCUUUUGAGUUCAAAGGCCGAAAGACAGUACUGGUUCCUUUGUCUCCAAAGGAGGUUCACCAAGAUCAGCUACAACUUCAGAAGAAAAAGGAGGAUAAUCUUAAGUCCACUCAAACCGAGCCACAACACAACUUCUAUGCCAAAACUGGUUUACCACCUAUACGAGGGAUUGAACACCAGAUUGACUUUGUUCCUGGAUCCACACUUCCUAAUAGACCUGCUUACAGAACCAAUCCGGUUGAAACCAAAGAGCUCCAAAGACAAGUAGAUGAGCUAAUGGAGAAAGGUCACAUCCGUGAAACAAAAGCUUAG